AUGAUGCGACGCAAGAGACCAACCUGCAACUCUGCUGGCAGAGUAACCGCCGCCCAGCUACUACUAUCCUUCCUCGCCCUGUCGUCAUCUACUGUCGCAUACGAUCAAAAUGCGCAAAUCGUCCUUGACGGCUCGCCGAUAAUAACCCCUCCCAUGAUUGUUGAGCCGCCGCAGCCUGCCGAGCACACCUUUACGCUACGUCAUAUCCUUCAUCAUGGAACCUACCGGCACCCCGGUCUGCAUCGCCGCCGUGAUGUGACGGAACCACAAGCCCAAGUAUGGCUCGCUGGCGACGAUGGAUUCGAGGCCGAGCAGAUGCCACCUCUCAAAGCCAAGAGCUCGGCCCAAAAGAUUGAACGAUUAGUCGACAGGCGGCCCAUGGUUGUAGACCCCAUGGUGGCUGAAGCGAGGGAGCGCGGAUACGUCUUGGCUGGAAUGCCCUCUGCCUGGACUCUCGACGAUGUCUCUGGACCAGACGUGACGGACAAGGGAACCGUACUUACCAUGGCUCUGAUAGCUUCUGAUGCCUAUGUCGAAAAGCCAAGCUUGCCAGACUGGGACGAGGUGGGCAAGCCCUUCAACAGAAGUGCCGAUUUUGGCUGGGAGACAGACGGACUGCGUGGUCACAUCUUUGCCGACGAGAACAACUCGACCAUUGUGAUUGGACUAAAGGGUACCUCGGCCGCCGUCUUUGAUGGAGAAGGUACCACCACAAACGACAAGGAGAAUGACAACCUCUUCUUUAGCUGCUGCUGCGCCCAGCAAGGUCAGUGGUCGUGGCACCAAGUUUGCGACUGUGCUACAGGCACCUACAGCUGUAACAAUACCUGUGUCACGCAAGCACUACGGGCAGAGAACCGCUACUAUCAAGCCGCGCGAGAACUAUACUCUAACGUGACUGAGAUGUACCCCGACUCCAAUGUAUGGGUAGUCGGCCACUCGCUUGGCGGCGCUGUCAGCUCAUUGUUGGGCCUGACAUAUGGCCUACCGGUCGUGACUUUUGAAGCGGUACCCGAAGCACUCGCAGCUGGGCGACUGGGACUUCCCGUUCCUCCACAUGGAGAUCCUCAGUAUCCUCAGACCCGGGAAUACACUGGAACCUAUCACUUUGGCCAUACUGCCGAUCCCGUCUAUAUUGGAACGUGUAAUGGAGCAACGGCGUCGUGUUCCUUUGCAGGGUACGCCAUGGAAUCAGCCUGCCACACUGGAUACGAGUGUACCUAUGACACAGUAGCCGACAAGGGCUGGCGCGUUGGAAUUGGCACGCACAAGAUUCGAUCCGUCAUCAACGAUGUCAUUAAGAAAUAUGACACGGUACCGAAAUGCAAAUACACGCCAGAAUGCAGAGACUGCGGGAAUUGGAAGAUGUACGAGAGUAACAGCACCAAUCCGUCCACUUCGUCUUCCAGUUCGACAACCACCAAGACUCGAACAAGGACAGAAACCUGCAAGACACCCGGCUGGUGGGGAUGUCUUGAUGAGACUACUACGACGACUGGAACCACGACAUCAACGUCAACAUCCACGACUACCACGUCGACUUCAACUUGCAAGACACCUGGGUGGUUUGGGUGCAAGGAUGAAGUUACAACGACGACGACGAGCAGCUCAUCGACCAGUACACCGACUGCCACGACCACUACUACCUGUGCUACUCCCGGCUGGUUUGGAUGCAAAGACAAGACAGUCAGCGUGCCAUCGCCAACAUCCCAUCCCAUAACAUCACCACCGCCUCUUCCUACAUAG